AUGCAUGUGCAUGAGAAACGCGACCACAAAGAUGUAACAAAAGAGAAACGAUUGAGAAACAUCUCGUCUCGGCAACGGACAAAAGCUGGUGGUACAGUCAAUGGAAACACACACACAGGCAUGACCGUUACUGCUACUUCCCAGUCCACAAUGGGCACGACCGGGAUAUGGACAUGGUGUGAACUGGCCGAUUCAUCCGAUGAUCACUUGUUUAGACGCGACGCAAAUCACGUGAUCCCCAAUCAAAAAUUUUCUGCACUUGGUGGACCAGCAUUGCCCGCGCAUGCAUCCUCAUCAGCAAUAACACCACCAUUGGCAAUGAAUACCACAAAACACCAGCCCGCAUUUCACUCAAUGCCCGCAUCCGCCGGGCUCGCUUCAUGGACUGCCGGAUCCACGUGGUACGGUACCACGACGAACACGUGCACGAAGACAACCACAACUCUGACAUCACCAUCCCAAUCGUCGUCAUCUUCCUCAUCCGUACCUUCUGUAUCAUCAUCCUCGUUGACCACCAGUGCAGCAGUCGACCCGGUGUCUUUCACCAACUCUCAUCCCAGGGAACCAAGUGAAGCUACGGUUAUAUCAAAUUCGUUUGAUCUGUGCCCCUCACAUUCGAAUGCCACGGACUAUACACUCGGAUCUUGUAGUGGAGCCUCGACUAGACAGAAUCUUCCAGUGGGAAUUAUUCAACCUGAUGCGUACGAUCCAUCCACACAUGGACAGUGGUCCACGUUUCACUCUCCGUCUUCCGUCCAGCUCUGUCGCAUUUCGGAACAGAGCGGAAGGAUGGAUAUUGACGGAUGCGCAAGUGAACACCUAGUUCAGUCUCCCCCCAAAGUUUCGAAUCACAUACUGGAUUCAAAGCACCAAUGGGAUAUCAAGGAUGUGAAGUUGCCCAAGGUUACCAGCUUUGAUACCUAUGACCAGUGGCCAACUGGACAUUGUCGUCGCGUCUAUCCACAAUCGUGUGAACGCGCACGACGACAUCAGAGUGGUUGGGCUAUGCGAAACACAAACAAUCACAAUCCACAAGUGCUAAAGAAAUCCUGUCUCGGCGUGUUGGAAUGCUCGGUCGGGUGUAUGGUGCAAGGAAAACCACUCAGUCUACGUCCGGCGAUUUGUGACAAGGCACGAAAAAAACAAACAAGAUCUAUUGCAUCCUCCUCCGGCGGUUUGCUCGGUGGAGAUCAGACCGGAUCGAGAGGACUCCUGUUUCCAGGACUCCCACAAGCGGCGGAACUUUUGCCGGGUCUUGUUUCUUCUGCACUUAAUGGACCAGUAAAUGCUGUCAGUGUGGAUAUGCUAUGUUUACCCACGGUCUCAUCGAAUAUGGGUCAAAAGUUGACUGGGCAAAAGCUAUCUGGCUAUUCGCAUCGAUCAGCGUUCCGAAUGGAGAAGAAGACGGGACGAUCAGUCGCGGAUAGACGAGAAAAACGGAGCACAUUAACCGGAAACAAACUCCCACGUAUAAUUGGUGCUCAGAAACCUGUGUCGGGAAUGAUCGAUUGGGAUCACACCCAGGCGCGCUCCAUGAUCGGACCUAAACGAGCCAGACGGGGAGUACGCCGAAAACUAAUUCCAGACGAUAUGGACAAUAUCCUGGUCCACGGAGACGUUAUGAGUCACAUGAUCUCACCAUUUGGGUCCAUACAAACAGCACAAACUCCCCCAUUACCGUCAAUCCAACCAAUUCAACUUUCCUCGUACUCGUGCUCCCAAAUUUGCACCACGUCGUCACAAAUUUCACCUACCGCCAGUUAUUAUCCGCCUAUUCAAGGUUCACAAUCCGAAUGGCAAUCCGGUAUCUUUUCCCAGCCUCAGUCUGCUGUAUCUCUUCAGGUGCUCCGCAUGAAUGAGGAACACACUACACUGGAAUCGAUGAGUGAAGUAAUUCCGACACACGCAACAUACGACAAUGCUCCAACAGGCUCAAUACCAUAUCAGUCCGACAGUACGAUUCCUGUUACUUCCUGUACUGUGCCAACCCUUGUAUUCGGAUCGGAUAUGCCUCACUCGACAGAAACAUCCAACUUGUUUUGCCUGUCAUUCCCCUCCAAUCAUACACCGCCUAACUUGUCUUCUUCCACUGCACCGAUCCAAAUAGACAAUGGGGCACAAAUAACCUCGGACUAUUCCAGUCUACCCGUCGGAAUGACUUACACGUCUCUGAGCCGUACUCAUUCCUCUUAUUCAUCGGAUCAUCCAAUCCGCUUGAUCGAUCAACUCUCGCCGAACAAAUGUGAAUUCAAUCCAGUGCACCAAACACCAGAUUGGUACAUGCCGACUUCGCCACCUGGCCGCACACCGAUCACUCCGGCGAGUUGUGUCGUACAUAGCUCCUUGUGGCCCACAGAUCGUUCAGAACAAACAUGCUACCCAAUCACAUUGGAAGAAUCAAGUAUUCCAACCCAUACGGAUGAGUCUGUGGACUGUUGCCAGACAGUCCCUCCCGAGCACAAUGCUGACUGUUUUAGUACGUAUCACCCUUACACCUGGCCUUCAGAACAAUCUCGUCCGGAGCAUUCGGUCAGUUCAAGCGAACCAUCUACUAUUCACUAUCCGAUAGAAAUUGCCCAGGAUCCAAAUUCCAUGGAAGUUUCACAUCUUCGAGACUGGUUAUCACAUGAUCCACAAACAGACAUUGAAUGGAAUCCUUGGUCCGGACCGGCAAACAAUUCGACGACGACGGAUGAAAUGAAUGUGAAUUUUACCGCCGGAUUUGCAUGGCCAACGAACCUAUACACAGCCGGUAUGAAUACGGACAGUCAAGUCGUAGAGAUACCGGACGGCGAAGACUGGUUCAUCACCUCCACCACCACAGGACAAACUAUCAUACCAGGGGCUGAAACUUCUCUGACUUCAUCCGCCUCUGCGAACAUCGGUGUGAUGGAAAGUCCUAAGCAAAACACAAGGAUUCCUGCGAUGGACGAGUUUCUUGUCACAAUGAAUCCGAAUCUCUCAGGUUCGAAUCCGUUGAGUGACCACGAACCGUGUUCUCGAGCAAGUUAUCUUACCAACUGUUCUGAUGGAGUUUCAAUACAAUGGACCGACACGGAUCUAGUUUCGAUCGAGCCGUGGUUAAGAGAGUAA